AUGAAUAUGCAAACUCUGAUAAAAUUCCUCGGAUUUGUUUUUAUCCUUCUAUUAUUUCUCAUCUUGUAUUAUCAAUCUGCUUUCGCUUCAGUGUUAUUUUCGGAUCCUCUCCUAAUAGCCUCAAAAGUUCGAGAUCAAGAUGAAUUACGCUUAGCAGAAGCGGAUUCUCAAAUUGCUAUGUGGAGACUCAACAAAACGUUGCCGCUUAACAUAAGUACUAUGCUUGAUUACAAAGGAAAACACAACUUACUCGUCAUUAUUAUUACGUCAAACCGUGGACAUAGAAAAAUUGAUUCAUUUGAACCCUACUAUCUUACCCAAACAUCAAUCGCCCUAUUUAAAUCACUGUUGUCCAGGAAUGAAAAAGACUUCAAAAAUGUGAGAAAGAUUAGAAUACUUGUUUGCACAAUCAGCCAUGUUAACGAUAGCAGCCACGAUAUCCAUAGUGGUGAAAUAAAUCGUCUUCGUAGGAUAUUUGGACCGAAUAUUUUCAUUUCUCCACCUCGACAUCCAGACAAUUCAUGCAAACAUACUCAUGACAUGUCAUCAUGCAUUUCAUUGGGAAUUAAAAAAUUUCCUGAAAGUGAUGCCAUUGUUAUUCUUGAAGAUGAUUUCUUGGUGACAAACCAUUUUCAUUCAGUUCUUGACUUGUAUGCUAAUCGAUUGGGAAAAAGUGUACUAAGUCUCUACCCACCAUCUCAUGAGAGUCAUCUUAAAAUAUAUUUCCACAUUCUCGUGUUGAUAAUUUGUCUGUUUACUCUUGCUGUUUCGUUGCACAUCUUCAGAAAAAAAUGGAUCUUAUACAUGCUGGCCUUCACUACUUUAAUUACAAUCAUUCUGCUACUUUAUGAAUAUAAUAGACCAGAAAUACUUACGCUUUUCCCUGUCCAGAAUCUACACUCUCGUGGUCUUGGAGCUGCAAUUAUUUUACCAAAAGAAAUUGCCAGAAAAGUUAGUGAAGUAGAUUACAAGAUGGCAUGUCAUUCAGGCAAAGGGGAGCAUAUUUCGAAGAUUGCUUCUGAACUUGGUUAUACCAUCCUCAAUGUUAGCCCACCAGCUGUUCUGCAUAUUGGAAUGUACUCACAAACUUUUAACAGAAUCUACGAUCCAAAUCUAUUUCCCCAUUGA